CCAAUCACGCAAUUUUUCGCGCGAAAGUUAGCUAGUGCAGCGACACAAUCCAUUGUACUAGACUAUUUCUUUUUUUUUGUUAUCUAGCUACGUGUAAAAUAUAACUAGCUAUAUUACUACACUAUAGUGCAUCUUCGUUUAUAUUAAACUGCUUGAAAUUUGAUCAACUUGCCCGUUCGACUCUUAUCAGACUCUCUUCUCUGUCUGCAAUUAUGGUCCGCUACUUUACAAGAUUGAGAGUAAGACGUAUCUACAAAUGGGGCGGAAGACCGACUAACUUCGACAGAAAAUUUAAGAGUUUUGUCUUUGAUUAUUUGAAAAUUAGUGUGGAGGGUCAGGAGGGAGUCACCACUGUAACCCCUGGCCAGUACAUCCUCAUUGAGGGAGAUGAUGAUGACAACCCAUUCGUUGCCAAGCUUCUCAAGUUCUUUGGCGAUGAGUCCCACAAGCAGAAGAAGGCGCUGGUGCAGUGGUUUGUGCGCUUGUCUGAGGUGCCCCGCAACAAGAAGAAGCUGCUGGGCAGGAGUCCCCACCCCCAGGAGAUCUUCUACUAUCUGGGACGUGGCUGUGACGAUGAGAUCAACGCAGAGUCCAUCCUUGGCACUGUGCAUGUCCAGCACGUCCCUGAAGAUACUCCUUUUCCAGAGCCUGGAACCAAGGACACCCUCUAUGUGAAGCUGUCCUGGAACACCAAGGCCUUCAAUGUCUUAGACCCUGUCCUGAUGCAGGAUACCCCUGCCUCACCCCCUCCCAAACCUGCUCUCCCUCAGUUUCCCCCCUGUUCUUCCCCCGUGGCAGCCCCUGUGUCUCGGGGCCCAGUGCGUCAUACCCUGCCCACCCCGGACCCCACAGUGAUGAGGAGAGCAGGGUCUGUGUCUGACACUAGAGCCACCAUGAGCGCCGGAAAGAUGGUCACCCGCGAGGCAGAGUCGAGCCACUCUGCCUCCAAGCUCUCUGCCUCUAAAAUUCUGAGCGCCAAGAGGAGGGACAGCGCUGCAGACACACCGGGUGUACGCAAGAAACUACACCUCAGCAUCGGGUCCAGUCCAGGGAAGAUAAUGACCAGAGAAGAUGACCUCUGUGAGCUCUUGGCUGAAGAGGUGGAGUCAGAGAAAGUUCUGGCCCUCAAACUGAGCUCCUCAGUUUCACACUCCCUCCAGCAUGGCUACAGCCUCUCCCCCAUGAGAAGUGGCCGCAAGACCCCUAACGGCCAGGGGGGGUUCCCCCGGAAGACCGCCUCCAUCAGCCUGGACAGACUGUCUCCUACUGCUCUGGGAGAACAGGACUUCUCCAGUGACCUGUUGCUGGCUGUGUCUCCCCUGGCCCUAGAGGAUGACGUAUUUGAGGCAGGGUUACCUACAGACUCUGGCUCUGCCAAGACCCCCAAGAAGAGACAGGCCACCCCCAGGAGGAACUAUGUUAGGGGGCAGAAAGCUACCACCCCCUCCAGGAGGAAAGAGUCCGCCAUGACCAUGAGAGAGCCGGCUCUGGGGGUGCUGGCGGAGGAGGACUUUGAGAACUCUCCCAAGCAGCCGAUUGCCAUGACGCCUCGCUCCAAGAGGAAGUCAGCCCAGCUGGUGUCAUCACGUAUCAGGAAGCAGUUGAAUCUGAUGGACAAUACCCAGGAGCUAAACUCCGAUGGAGAGGAAGAUGAUGAUGAUGAUGACUGUUUCGUUCCCUCCAAGAAGGACCUACAGAGCAGCAGCGAUGAAGAGAUGGAGGAAGAGCAGGCAGAGAGUGAGGAAGAGACCGUGGUGAGGAAGACCAGAGGAAGACCUCAAAAGACCCCCGCCAGGACCCCAAUCAAAACGCUCAGCAAGAAAGUACGUAUGGCUAUGGUCAACCCCAGUACCCCCCGGACCCCCCGUCAUGCCACUCCUAGUACCCACCGGACCCCCCGUCAUGCCACUCCCAGUACCCCCCGGACCCCCCGUCAUGCCACUCCUAGUAUUCCCAGCCGGACUAUUCCAGCCAGGCAGCCUGGGAACGUCCUGGAGGACGCCAGGGCUAGGCUGCAUGUGUCGGCAGUACCAGAGUCUCUUCCCUGUAGGGAGCAGGAGUUCCAGGAUAUCUAUAACUUUGUGGAGAGCAAGGUCAUGGACGGGACCGGAGGGUGUAUGUACAUCUCUGGUGUUCCGGGAACUGGGAAAACCGCCACUGUCCACGAGGUUAUCCGCUGUCUACAGCACGCCUCUGAUAUGGAUGAAAUCCCCACGUUCCGAUUCAUUGAGAUCAAUGGCAUGAAAAUGACAGACCCUCACCAGGCCUACGUCCAGAUUCUACAGAAACUGACAGACCAGAAGGCGACAGCUGACCACGCUGCAGCCCUAUUGGAGAAGAGGUUCAGUAACCCCGCCCCCAAGAAGGAGACCACCGUGCUACUGGUGGACGAGCUGGACCUGCUGUGGACCAGGAAGCAGAAUGUCAUGUACAACCUGUUUGAUUGGCCGACGCGGCGCCACGCCCGCCUGGUGGUGCUGACCAUCGCCAACACCAUGGACCUGCCCGAGAGGAUCAUGAUCAACAGGGUGGCCAGCAGACUGGGCCUGACCAGGAUGUCAUUCCAGCCAUACAGCUUCAAGCAGCUGCAGCAGAUCAUCAUGUCCAGACUGAACAAGGUCAAGGCCUUCGAGGAGGACGCUAUGCAGCUGGUCUCCAGAAAGGUGGCAGCGUUGUCAGGAGAUGCCCGACGCUGUCUGGACAUCUGUCGUCGCGCCACUGAGAUCUGCGAACACGCCGCCUCGCACCCGUCCUCCACGGGAUUGGUGGGAAUUAGUCAUGUGAUGGAGGCGCUGGAUGAGAUGUUCUCCUCCUCCUACAUCACAGCCAUCAGGUGUGCAUCGUUGCAGGAGCAGCUCUUCCUGAGGGCGGUCAUUGCUGAGUUCAGGCGGCUGGGACUGGAGGAGGCCACUUUCCAACAGGUGUUUGUGCAGCACCGGGCUCUGUGUCGUGUGGAUGGCCUGCAGCCCAUCAGCGUGUCCGAGGGUCUGGCAGUGUGUCAGCGUCUGGGGGCGUGUCGUCUGCUGCUGCUGGAGGCCAGCCGUCUAGACGUGCUACAGCGGGUCAGACUCAACGUCAGCCAGGAUGACGUGCUCUACGCACUCAAAGCUGUCAGAGACUGAGCACCACCGGGUGUCUGAAGGUACAGGGGGGAGGAUGAGGGUCUGUGGUCCUAACUCAAGAAUGUGUUAUUGGGGCCUAGAAGGGAACCUGCUCCAUCUAUACCAGUCAACUUAUUGUUUUACAACAACCAAUAUCCCUCUCUCACACUACAACUCAUCAGGACCACCGUUGGACCACAUAGUCCCAUGCCUCAACCACAUGCAAUAGUACUGUACCACUCAGGAAUGGGAAUCCCACAGACGGACAUCUGUGUCUAUGGUGGCUCAGUUUGGUUUGAUGCCGUCUUCUGAGAGGUUUUAGGACAUCCUCUGUUUUAGUAUUCUUUUACGAAUGCUUUUCAAUGUCAUCGUUGUCAGCACAAUACAUUUCUGGAAGCUCUUGCAGUGUACUUAAAUAUUUGAUGGAAUUCUGUCAUAAUCCAAGAACACAAGAAAUCAUGACUUCUAUUAAAUAUGUUUUACGUUUGUUUACUGAAAAUUGCCCUUGUUACAAACUUUAAGGAUAUUUAGAUCUGGUUUUAACUCGUUGAUGGGAGGAGAGCUAGUUUCCCAUCAGUUAGCAAUUUGACUUUCCUCUUUAUCCUUAUUCAAACAUUUUAAAGUUGCUCUUGUUGGUUUUAGGAUGUUCUUGAUUAUUGUUAUGUGUGAAUAUUGUAUCUACAAAUGUAAUAAAGAUAUUGAACAAUA